AUGGCAGCUAAAUUUGCAGUCAAGUCCUUGGACCACCUUGUCCUCACAGUGCGAUCCAUCCCAGAGACGGUAGCUUUCUAUACUACCCACCUGGGUAUGCGCCACGAAGUGUUUAGUACGCCGGCCAACCCCGCUAUCCAAAGAAACGCGCUCAUAUUUGGGAGUCAAAAAAUCAAUCUCCAUCAAUCGGGGAAAGAGUUCGAGCCCAAGGCCCAGAAGGUUCAACCUGGAAGCGCGGAUCUGUGCUUUUUGACGGAUGAGAAUGUCGAGAAGGUUUUGCAAGCUUUCCAGGACGCUAAGAUUGAGGUGUUGGAAGGUGCCAAAAUUGUAGACAGAACUGGGGCCGUGGGGAAAAUCCGGAGCGUUUGUCAGGGAUCCUGA